AUGGCAGUGCAAUGUGAAGUUAGAUCAUAUGAAACAUUUAAACGAGAGACCACCUUUUACCAGGGGCGGGUACUAGGUGAUAAGAGGACUAGCCCACCAGUAGAGAUAGUAGGAAGCAGUAAUGAGGCAGAAGCGAAAGUAGAUGGGAUACAAGCUAAGGCUUUAGUAGAUACUGGCAGUGGUGUGAAUACCAUUAGCGAAACAUUCUAUAGAGAGAAUCUUAGCCAUAGAGUUUUACAGUCAUUUGAGGAGCUGCAAAUAGAAUGUGCCAAUGGAGAGAAUUUACCAUACUUAGGUUUUAUUGAAGUGGAUUUUGAAUCAUAUGGUAUUCCCAUUAGAAGUUCUCAAACCAGUAUUUUUCUUAUAGUACCAACAACUGCUUAUAGUCAGAAAACUCCCAUUCUUAUUGGAACGAACAUUUUGAGGCAUCUGAUGGACAACUGCAAAAUGGACUAUGGGGAGAGAUUCUUACAAAAUGCAGCAUUGUUCACUCCGUGGUACUUGGCGUUCAGAUCGAUGAUCAUUCAGGAGAAAAUUCUGAGGAAAACAAACAACAGAUUAGGAUUAGUAAGAUCGGCAGAAAAGAAUAAGAUCAUCAUAAAGCCCAAUAGUAACAUCUGUAUAAAGGGAUAUAUUGAUCGUAAGAGUAUGGUACAACACCCAACAACAUCUGCAAUAUUUGAACAUACAGAAAAAUCAUGUCUACCAAAGGAUUUGGAUAUAACCCCAACUUGUUUUAAUUAUUCCAUGAACAUCAAGGAAGUGGACAUCUAUAUCUCGAAUGUGACAACAAGAAUGGUUUCAGUCCAGCCUAGAUCAGUAUUAUGUGAAAUUCAACCGGUACAGUUUAGCAACAGUUACUGUUUGCCAGAUGAAGAACAUCACCAAAAUAUAGGUCCAGAGCAUUUGAGAAGUGUGUCAUUAGAGACAUUAUUAUUAUCUAAGAAACAGACAGAUCAACUAUGGAGAUUAUUGAGAGAAUAUAAUGACAUAUUUUCCAAAGGAGAUACAGACAUUGGACAUUUUACAGAUGUGAAAAACCAGAUCAAUUUAUCAGAUGAGAGCCCAUUCAAGCAAAGAUAUAGAAGGAUCCCCCUGUCUAUGAUUGAUGAAGUAAGAACACAUAUAGAACAGUUACUAUCAGCAGGGAUCAUUAGAAAAUCCAAGUCACCCUUUGCAUCUAACGUGGUACUGGUGAAGAAAAAAGAUGGCAGCAUUAGAAUGUGCGUGGACUACAGGAUGCUGAACAAGAGAACCAUCAAGGACUCCUACGCAUUACCGAGGAUUGAGGACAUUUUAGACAUACUUUCUGGAUCAAAAUACUUUAUUGCUUUAGAUAUGAAAUCGGGAUAUCACCAAAUCGAAAUUGAGGAAUCACACAAACAUAGGACAGCUUUUACAGAACAUCUAGAACGUCUCCAGAUUAUUUUCAGCAGACUAAGAGAAUGCAACUUAAAGCUAAAUCCCAAGAAAUGCAAAUUGUUCAAAGAACAAGUGAAAUAUGUAGGAUUCAUAGUAUCAGCUAGUGGAAUUUCAACAGAUCCUGAAAAAGUCAAGAAGGUUUUAGAGUGGCCAGUGCCUACACAUCUAGAUGAAGUGCGCCAGAUUGUAGGAUUUGCAGGAUUUUAUAGACGUUUCAUCAAAGACUUUAGUAAAAUCGUCAAGCCGCUACAAGAAGUAAUGCCAUCACAGAACCAAAGGAAAAAGAGGAUCAAAGUAGAAAGAAAGGGUUGGAGAUAG